AUGGGUGGUAAGAAGAAGAAAGGGGCUGUGGCGGCGGUAAAUGCGUCACCGUGGCCUGACCUACCCUUCGAUACCUUUAACGACCUUGAUCUACGCGCCCAUUCAACGAAGCUACUAGAUGCAGUAUCUCAGUUGAAACGCACUGCGGAAUCUACUAGGGGUCUUCCCCCUUUUGAGAUGUUCUGGUCGCUCCUAGGCACCGUGGAGUCCCUCACGGUGAAGGCACGCGAUGGCGACGCAGCCCAGCUUGCUAAGGAGGUCCAUGAUAUCAAAACCAUGCUCAAAGACACCGCAAAACGGAUCUCCAGCGAAACUAAGAGCAUCCAACAUUCUAUUGAUGCGCAGCGUACCCUCCCUGGCGCCCCCGGGCGCACCCCCUACCGCGCGGCUCUGCUGUCCAGCAAGGCAGAAUCCUCGCUCGUCUCUGAUUGGAUGAGACGGGCCCACACCAACGGCUUAAUUGUAUCGGGGCAUACCAGCACGGGCAGCCCGCCAGCGCCGGUCAACCCCCUGCGAAGCGACCUAAAAAUCCACAUCCGCUGGACUGACCGUGCGGUGGUCGACCCCUUCCGCCAUAAGGAAGGCGCGCUCGCGGGGUGGGCUAUGUUCGUUAGCUUCGGGUUUUAUAGUCCUACUCUCAUCUUGAUGAUCAAUCAUGCCCAUGCUAAAGGGCAUAUGUAG